GACGAGGAGCUGGUGGUGGAAGGGCGCGCGGAGGAGGAGGAAGGAGGGUCGUCCGUCUCGACACGGUCCUUCAGCCGCCGCUUUUCCCUGCCUCACAGCACUGACAUGACACGCAUCACUUCUGUCAUGUCUUCGGAUGGCAUCCUCACAAUAACUGUUCUUAAAACGGCAGAGAACCACAGCAAAACACACGCGUUAACUUCUCCACGACCGAAGAAAGGAAGGAAUCAUCAACAGCUCAAGACUCAACACCCGAAGCAGUUUCGUCCACGACGGAGAAAAAUAUCUCUGUUCACGAGAAUCUUGUUAAUGUGGAUCAGAUGGAGUUUGGGUGUGAACGAAAACACUCUUACGAGAACAAGACGAGAAAGCUGAAGAAAGAAUUCGAAUUUCCUGCUGAAUCCAAGGAAGUUUUGAAGUCCAAGAUCUGCCAAAAUCCGUCUGUGGAUGAGUCUACAACUGCUUCUGUUCGUGGAGACGUUGCCAAUAUUCAGGAUCAUGAACUCAUGCGAUUGGCUGAAACUCUUGAAUCGACAGUCGUUGAAAAAGCUCUUAUGAUGAUUCAGUUUCUGAACAACAGGAACAAGCAACUGUGCAAUCAGAAUCUGAUUCGACUGAAGCCAUCAAACUGGGCGAGGAAAUCUUGCCCAUCGUUCGAAGGGGAAGCUUCGUCCAGGACUCUUCUUCCUCGAUGUCCGCCAAGAAUUCGACGCUGCCAUCAGAGAGGUCCUGAGGAAGUGGGUCAGCGAAGACAGCGAAGUGACACACAGUGAGGACUUCCUUGGCCUUAGUCACAGCGAUAUCCUGGACCGCUACAGACAGCUUCGAUCCCGAGAAUUGAAGGAAGAGACCCAAGUCUUUAUCGUCACGUCCGACAACACUAGUU